UGUCGAGUGUAAAAUUGAAGCGCACUCCCCGUCUGGACCGACGACAUAUACCAAAGUGCCGAAGUGUCCAAUUUUCGUGAAAUAACCGACCUUCGAAACCUCAGUUUUUUUUUUGAGAAAAGUUUGUCAAUACACGAGCGUAAUUUUAGAGACAAAUUCUCAUAAGAAACAGAUCCAGGGGAUGGUGCGAAUUUUCAGAUUUGUGCUGUCGCGGAUGUUGCUCGAACGGAUGUGAACGCGUCGCACUAUAGUGGGUGGACGGACAUUAUUUCCGUCGUUUCGUUUGAUAAUGGUUUAGAGAAGAACGUAAGGAACACAAUAUGCGUAAGCUUUCAUCUUCAUGAGAGGAAAGUAUUGUCAUCUGAGAGGAAGGGGGAGGAUUUGAUUGGAGAGAAGAGGGGACAUAUGUUGCAUUCAUCUCGACAUGAUGCAUUGCUUCGCUCAUCAUUACAUGUCUCAGAUUUUAGAUAUGCAUGAAGAACAACAAGGCCAUCAAGCAUUACCUGACAAGGACGUCAAUAUACGAUGUUAAAUCAAUUUAGGGGCAAAGUCAAUCACUGGGCAAUUUCAUAGAACCAUAGCAGCAGAUUGAAAGGGCUCAGAUGUUUAAUGAAAAUGUGUUCGCGAUGACAACAGGAGUCAGCCAUCAACUUUAGAAGGAUAUUUGCUUAGUUGGCUUGUAAAUUCUGAGGGUGUUGCCAUGAUCUGAAUAAAUAGAAUAAUUGGAGUAAUGAUUAAAGUGGGGUCGGCGGUGAUUACAAUUUUGAGUUCGUGCUACCUCCCAGGUCGCAGGGGCAGUGUUUUUUUAUCGAAAGUAGUUUUGACUUUUUACUGCAUCGUCAGCGUUUACUGCGAUCAGGAGCAAUGGAGUUCGAGGGUGCCUCGAGGUAUCAAGGACUUGCAGAGAAUGGUCCUCAAUGCCGCACAAUCGCCGCCCUUUCUGGGGCAUUGUGAUUUCGAGGAACCUUGUGAUUGGGCCUGGAAUGAAACUGAUGGUUUCAAACUCACUAAACCACCUGUCCCCACUCAAUUAGGACCCACGACUGACGCUAGCAAUGACAGAAAUGGUCAUUUUUUGUGGCUCAAUAAUCGAAAAGAAGGCCAACUGUGGUCCAUCCCCAUCCCAAGAACAGGGUCGAGAUGCCUUUUGGAUUUAGCCUGGCAUCAAGUGCAGAUGAAAAGUGGAACUAUUCGACUUGUUAUAGAAACUUAUAAUCAUACAAGUUGGGUUGCAGCUGAACGUUGGGGAAACGACCACGCAAAAUGGGAGCAGAUACCGUUCAAUUUAGGAGCUAUCAGUCAAACUUACAAAUUAAUUUUGGAAGUAACAAUGCCAGCUUUGAAUUCCAGCGUUGCUAUAGACAAUAUUCGUUUAGUGGACUGUUUUCCAGAAAAUCCAGGAAACGUAGCUUGUACUCCUGACAUGUUUCGUUGCAAUAAUGGAUCCUGUCUAAAUAAAACACGUGUUUGUGAUUUAACCCAAGAUUGCGCUGAUGGGGAAGACGAGUUACAAGAAUGCGACAAAGUUCCGGAAAUUGCAAAGUGUAAUUUUGAGACUGGGUGGUGUGGAUGGAAAAAUGUGCCAGGCAGGCCAUUAAAUUGGACUCUUCAUCAGGGACCUACUCCAACCGACAGAACAGGACCAAGUUAUGAUCACACUUUUCGAAAUGCAACUGGGACAUUUGCUUAUGUUAAUAUGUCAAAGCGAGCUGACUACGGUAGUCGGGGAACGAUAAGUAGCCCUUUAUAUAAUCCGACUCCACCAUAUAGCAGCGAUCCUACAAGUCCUUAUUUUCAAUCAUGCCAGGUUCGAUUUUUCUAUCAUCAAUAUGGAGCACACAGUGGUUCUCUCGGGCUUUAUUUAGUUCAAGUGGGAAAACAUCAGAACCAAACAGAUCGACUCUGGUGGACUUAUGGUGAUCAAAAAGAUGCAUGGUACAAUCAAGCAGUUGCUCUACCUGAUGUUAGAGUUAGAUAUUUUCUACAAUUCGAAGCGAGUAGAGCCUAUGCUUCAAAAGGAGACGUCGCUAUUGAUGAUUUUUCUUUAAGCCCUGAAUGCUUUGGCAUAGGCGUUCCACCAGAGGUCUUAAAAGGGUACAAUUAUUAUGACCCAGUCAUUGAAUCGUCAGUUGAUCCGGAAAAUCAAAGCCUCGAUUUUAUGAACGAGACAGUUGUACGAAUCUCAACCUGCGGACAACUUGGAAGGAUGGGUCCAACUGUAGAACAAUGUGCCAACGAACAUAAUGGAACGGAUAUUGAACUACUCACACCAUCUCCUCUUUCUGCAAGUACAAAUGAGGAAACUCCAGCUUUCAACCUCAACGGCAUUCAGCGCUGGACUGCACCUCGGGGUGGUUACUAUACUAUAAUUGCAAUGGGAGCUCGAGGAGGUCGAGGAUCAGGUGGAAUGGGAAGCACAUUGGGAACUCUAGUUCGAUGUGUGAUUGAACUGGAAAAAGAGCAACAACUCUACUUCAUGGUUGGACAACCAGGUUUAGAUGCUUGUCCUAAGAGUCUGGGUCUGGAAAGACACGAAUGUCAGCAAUCGAGCCAGGCCGGCUCUUCCUCAAUCUAUACAUCUAAAGUACACGCAGUUAAAAAGAUUGAGCUAAAGGAUGGUGGGGGUGGGGGUGGUGGUGCUACAUACAUUUUCACCCUUAAGCCAAAUGGAGAGCAUCUGCCACUGAUGAUAGCAGCAGGUGGAGGUGGUUUAGGCUUAGGGCAAUUCGUCGAUGAUGGCGUUCAACAUGGAAAGGGACCACCUCCCCCAGGAAGAAAUCCAGUCUCUGGGGUGUCGGUUCAAGGAGAUGCUGGCGCUGGUGGUGGGUGGAAUGGCUCAUCAAAUAAUAAUUCAACUCCGUCAGCUGGAAUGCCUCUAAUUUUCGGUGGCAUCGGAGGCGUGGGGUGUGGAACAAAUAAUAAAGGCCACGGGGACGGUGGAUUCGGCGGAGGUGGAGGCGGAUGUCUUACCGGGGGUGGGGGAGGCGGAUAUAUAGGAGGUAGCACCGGAGGACGAGAGUCGCCAAAUGGUCAGGGUGGAUACUCAUUUGCUGCAUCUGAACUUCUUCACGUCAGUUUUCAAGUUGGAUACAAUCAAGGGCCUGGAGAAGUUUUAAUUAUCCCAGGAAUUAGCGGAUGUGGCUGUGAUUUCCGAUGUGUGGUUUUGGAUCAACACCGGACGGAAGUCAAAUGCUUGUGUCCCCUUGGUUGGCUUCUUGGAAAUAAUUCCAAAACUUGCGAAAUGGCAGAAGAAUCAGACGUGGCUCAUCAGACUUUCAUGAUAAUACUAAUAUCAUUUAGCAUCGGGUUAAUGUUCGCGCUUUCUGGACUGUUUCUUCUUCUGUAUAAUCGAUAUCAGCACCGGAAGGCAUUAAUCAGACGACGUCAAGUCAUGUUUGGUAAUGGAACAGAACUAACUGCACUCCGUGCAGUCUCUGACAGCAUGAUGACCGAAUUCAAUCCAAAUUACGAAUUUGCUGGAAAUUUGUACAGCUUCAAGGACCUUCCACAAAUACCUCGAGAUAAUAUCUCACUCUUAAAACCACUAGGGCAAGGAGCAUUUGGUGAAGUAUUCCAAGGCGUUUACAAGUAUAGACGGAACGAGGAACAUCCUGUUGCCGUGAAAACACUUCCAUCCUUAUCAACGUCACAGGCAGAAGCUGAUUUCAUGAUGGAGGCUCUAAUUAUGAGCAAAUUCAAUCACCCGAAUAUAGUGCACUUUAUUGGUGUUUCCUUUGAUAAACAUCCUAGAUACAUUGUCUUGGAAUUGCUAGCUGGCGGGGAUUUGAAAAACUUUUUGCGUGAAGAAAGACCUCGUCCUGAUCGUCCAACGACUUUAGCAAUGCAGGAUUUAGUAAUGUGCGCCUUCGAUGUUGCAAACGGUUGUAAAUACAUGGAAGAUGCUCGCUUUAUACAUCGGGAUAUAGCAGCUCGAAAUUGCCUUUUGACUUCUAAAGGAGCGGGUCGUAUAGUGAAAAUUGCUGACUUUGGUAUGGCCAGAGACAUUUAUAGAAGCGAUUACUAUAGAAAGGGAGGUAAAGCGAUGCUGCCAAUAAAGUGGAUGCCACCGGAAAGCUUUUUGGACGGCAUAUUCACCACCAAAACUGAUGUGUGGGCCUUCGGAGUACUUUUAUGGGAAAUUAUGUCAUUUGGCUAUAUGCCUUACACGGGCUGCGCAAAUCGGGAAGUUAUGUCGAUGGUGACAACUGGUGGGCGUUUGGAAAGGCCAGCAGGUUGUCCUGAUCCCAUUUAUGGUGUCAUGACACGAUGUUGGCAUCCUCAUCCCGAGGACAGACCAAGCUUCAACACAAUAGUCGAGAGAAUAGGAUACUGCUUGCAGGAUCCCGACGUAUUAAAUCAUCCCAUGCCGAAUUACGACAUUCUACCAGUUUGUGAACGAGAAAUUACCAUCAUGAGACCAGAUCCUGAAACGGAAUGUAUCAAUGUCCAUGCUGACUUGGACGGAUGCGGCUACAUGCAACCCAGAGCAAAUUUUCGACCCACGACUUAUCGCAUUGGCAACCCAAUUCCUGGUAUCGUCUACGCAUCGUUGAAACAUCCUGUCGAUUACGAGAACGAGAAUGAUAACAUCCAGGAAACUACAUUGACAUUGCUGACCGAUCAGAAAAAUGAGUACCUAAACACCUGCAAUCCGUCUACGAAGGAGUUGGAAGCCUGCGAUAAUAAAGAACAUUACAAUUGCGAAACGAAAGAGGCAGAAGAGAAAAAUGCAAAUAAUAUGAGCUCCGAUCACAAGGGGGAUUCAAAAUUAGAUGAUCGCAAUAGCAACGUCACUUCAAAUAAAGAAGAAAGUAGCACUAUAACAGAUUCAAAUUCCGAGUCUUUAGCAAUGCCCUCGAGUACACCACCGGAUACGGCAAUGUCAUCUCCAAAUACGAGGACAUCUUCGCCUAUUCACACGAAUAGAAAUUCGAAUGCUAACAAUAUAAAUGGGCUCCUAAGGAAAAGUGCUCUAAAGGCAGCUUUAAGCUUGGAUCCUAGUACACUUUGUCGAGGAAACAUUCCCUACGAGAAAAUCGCUUUCUCACCUCCACCACCUCGAAUGAGCAAUCCUGGUAGCAUGGAACUCAGAAAGGAUUCAUUAGGACACGAAUUAGCGCGAGAAGAAGAGUGUUCCUGCUGAGACUUGUUCAACGGGGGCUGACAAGGCUCCCUGGGCUACCAUCUUAGAAAGCCCCAACGAUCGCUGACCAUGCCAGCAAUCAAGUACACAUCUCCUGAGAGGCGACCCCAAUCUCGCCAAUCAUCGGAAGAAACGCUCAUUUAACGCAACAAAUAUUUAUAUCGCUCGUCAAACUGUACGUAUGGAUGUUAAAUUAAUUUUUUUCAUUUAUGACGAUUAUUCGUUUAUUUAACAUUUGUAUAGGUACGUACUUUUAAAAAAGGUACGAAGAUCCAAAAUACUCAAAUACCCCCUCAAGGGCAUGUGAUACAG